UGAAUGUUUUUGUUUUAGUUAAAAACCGACGUCUUGAGAUCGACCGAAGAUAGCUGCAACUUUACAAGAGAGAGAGUGAGAACGGAUCAGCCUCACUCAGAGGAAGUUUCUGAGAUGGAAGCAGCUCACGUCAGCCCAGAGCUUCCUAUUCGAUGGGUUGUUUCUGCAGACAGGACUGUUGAGAUCAAGGAGGAAGUGACUGAGCUGGGGUGCGACCAGGCCAAUGAGCGGAUCCUGCAGGAGGAAACGCCACCUUCUAGCAUCGCUGAGAGAGGUACUGGUGUGAAAUCGGUCCGUCUUGGUAGAAGACGAGCGUCAGAAAUGGCAUCUUCUCACAUUACAGAGGAGAGCCCAGAACUGGAACCUGUUCCCAUUAACAAAGAAGCCACAGCGCUGGAGCCUGUCCCCAUUAAAGAGGAGAGUCCUGUACUAGACCCUGUCCCCAUUAAAGAGGAGAGUCCUGUACUAGACCCUGUCCCCAUUAAAGAGGAGAGUCCUGUGCUGGAAUCAGCAGAAUGUGAACACCUUUCAGCUUCUACUCCAUCACCCUGCUGCAAAAACUCUUCCAGUGGCAAACCGCAGUGCAAGAAACACAGAGAGACGACACCCCGAGAAAAACCUUUAAAAACACUGAGAGUUCAAAUUCCCUGUGUACAAGACAUCCAUCCACUUACUGUGCAGAUUAUAGAGACUGCACAUUAUUUGUAUGUGAACAAUUCUGAAACCCAGGGCAACUUGAAGACCUUGUCUUGUUCUACUGAAGAUGGGAAGAGUUCCCGACGAUUAGGCUCUCCUAAAACUCACAAGGGAAAUCACACAGCAGGGACUGUAUUUCGCUGUCCUGAUUGUGGGAAGAGUUUCAGUCGUUUAUCAUCCCUGAAAAGACACCAGCACAGUCACACAGGAGAGAAACCACAUCACUGUACUCAAUGUGAGAAGAGUUUCUCUCGAUUAGACUAUCUUAAACAUCACCAGCAAAAUCACACAGGCGAGAGACCGCACCACUGCAAUGACUGUGGAAUGCGUUUCAAUUAUUCAUCACAUCUUAAAAAACACCAACACGUUCACACAGGAGAGAAACCACACCACUGUAAUGAUUGUGGGAUGCGCUUCAUUUAUUCAUCAAAUCUUAAAAAACACCAACGAAUUCACACAGGAGAGAAACCACACAGCUGUCAUGAAUGUGGCAGGAGAUUUACUCGAACAGAUAGCCUUAGAAGGCACCAGCACUGUCACACAGGAGAGAAACCAUACCACUGUAAUGAAUGUGAGAAGAGCUUCUGUCAGUCACAACAUCUUAAAAAUCACCUCCGAAUUCACACAGGCGAGAAGCCGUACGACUGUAAAUAUUGUAGGAAGUGCUUUUCUGAAUUAGGACAUCUUAAAAGACACAUACAAAUUCACACAGGAGAUAAACCGCAUCACUGUAGUGAGUGUGGGAAGCGCUUUACUGAAUUAGGACAACGUAAAAGACAUGAAUGGGUUCACAGAGGAGAGAAACCACACCACUGUAGUGAGUGUGGGAAGCGCUUUAUUGAAUUAGGACAACUUAAAAGACACGAACGGGUUCACACAGGAGAGAAACCACAUCACUGUGAUGAGUGUGGGAAGCGCUUCGCUGAAUCAGGAUAUCUUAAAAAACACCAACAAAUUCACAGAGAGAAACCACACCACUGUAAUGAAUGUGGGAGGAGUUUCACUAGAACAGACAGCCUUAAACGACACCAGCGAAUUCACACAGGAAAGAAACCACAGCAGCGAAACCCUGAAUCAGAGACAUCAGAGCUUCGAACAAAAGAAACGCUUUAACACAUUCCAAAGAGACGCUAUUUCACACCCUCGCUGGUAAGAGUUGGUGUUUAUCUUGUGGGAGAUGUUGCUUUCUAAUAUCCCACUGGGACUGAAACUUGAGUUAAGCAAUCUAUUGAUGGGAACAUGACUUAAUUGCCUUUGUUUCAAUCGAGGAGCAGGUCAUAGAAUUAAAGGAAUAUGGCCUCUUAUAAAAUAGAAUAUAUGAUUUGAUCAGCCACUUGUCUGUUGGGAAUAAAAAGCAGUGCAUCUUCCACAGAGGAGGAGGGUGAAUAUGGAAGUUCCAUACGGGUCGAUGAAAGUUCACCAUUUCAUGUCUGCAUUACCACAGCAACUAAUGCCUGUUCUUGGAAACUGCCCGGAAACUCGUCCACUGCUAAAACAUUUAAUUAAAACCAGAAGGAAAAGACUGUUGCAGCGCUACAAAGGCAGGACUGCGGCUUGGCUUCUUCACGGCUAAACCCCUGGAGCAAGGUGCAAACGCUGGGCUUCUCUUUGCAUCCCUCCAGGCUGGACCACGGCCCAAGGACCAUCGCGGGAUUGGUAUUCUUCUUUAUAAGACUGUUUUAUUUCUUCGAUAGAAAUGUUUGCACAUCCCUCCGAGUCAUAAAGGAAGGUAACAGAACUAGCAGUGGUAACAGAGUUAUAAUGGUGUGUGACAGGAUAGCCAGGGCGAUGACGUCAGACCAGGAAAUGAUUGCCGCGCAAACAGGACAGGCUGGGUUGAAGCACGACUGUGCAAUUUUUAUUAACCAACAAUAAAUAUUUAAACAGAAAACACCGCUCGCAGAGCAAAAUAAAAAACAGGUGAACCACACAAAUCACAGACACCUAAAAACAAAACAGUACCUCGGUCGGGCUGGGCAGUCGUCUUUACUGAUCCUGUAGGCUUUAUUUUUAGUUGCGUUUUGGUUUCGAUAUUCUCCCUUCUCCCUCUCGCACACGUUGCUUCUCCAAACAUCCGCACUUAACACAGAAAGCUGCCAGCUUUUUACUCACGUGACCAUCUCUGGAUUAACAACAAAUGAAUCAGUCCGGAGAUGGUCACGUUCUGUGGAUGGGUCUCUAAUCCCAUCCACGCUGCCAUACACAUUAACAAACACAGCUGUGUUUUUGAAUGAACCCAAAAUGCAUUUAAAUCAAACAGCAACAACAGAACACGCACAUUUUAAAUAAACACAACCCCAUACAUUUUUAAAAUCACAGUACAUGGUGUUUUAACUGAACGCAGACGGUGUUUAAAUGUUUGUAAAAUAUUUGUUGUCUAAGCAUGUGUAG